CCACCUUCCGAUUGAAUGUUGUUUCAAACUCUCAACCUCGACUCCGACAACGCAAAACCAUGGCUAUCGAGGACUUUGACGAGCUGCCCCAUUACAACGGAUGGCUGUACGGGUCGCUGUGGCUGCUCUGCUUCCUUAUAGCGUAUCUGGUUCGAAAAGACAACGAGGCGGCCGUGCCGUAUAUCGUCGAUGCGCCGAACCAGGUUGAUGAAGGGUGGAAGGGCGAGGAGCUUGAUGAGCUGUCUCUGAAGGUGUCCGGAUCCUCCCUCAUCCAAUGCUACGCCCCCGCGACCGGCGAGUCCCUGGGCCGCAUCAACCCCUCCAGCGCUGCGUCCGUCGAUCGUGCUGUCGCAAAGGCCACAGAGGCUCAGAUCAAAUGGAGCGAGACUUCGUUUACAGAACGCCGCAAGGUUCUCAAGACUAUGCUCAAGUUCAUUCUCGAGAAUCAGGAGACGAUUGCGCGGGUCGCAUGUCUGGAUUCUGGCAAGACUAUGGUGGACGCGAGUUUAGGGGAGAUAUUGGUUACAGUGGAGAAGUUGAGAUGGGUUAUCAAGCAUGGCGAAGCGAGCUUGAAGAGUGAGAGGAGGCCGGGGAAUCUGUUGAUGAUGUAUAAGUGGCACGAGGUGAUCUGGGAACCGUUGGGUGUGGUGGCGGCUUGUGUGAGCUGGAAUUACCCCUUCCACAACCUUCUCUCUCCAGUCAUCGCCUCCAUCUUCGCCGGUAAUGCCAUCUUAGUCAAAGGCUCUGAAAACACUGCCUGGUCCUCGUCAUACUUCGCAUCCAUUGCGACCUCUGCCCUCGUGGCUUGCGGUCACAGUCCCGAUAUUGUGCAAUCCGUAAUAUGCUGGCCCAACGUCGCCGAACAUUUGACCUCUCACCCCGGAAUAUCGCACAUAACAUUUAUUGGGUCUCGUCCCGUGGCACACCAUGUAGCGGCCUCCGCGGCAAAGGCUCUGACACCAGUAUGCGUAGAGCUCGGUGGAAAGGAUCCAGCAAUUGUUCUCGACGACAUCUCCAACAGUGAUUUCAACCGCGUCUCAAGCAUUCUCAUGCGCGGCGUAUUCCAAUCCGCAGGGCAGAACUGCAUCGGCAUCGAGCGCGUCAUCGCCCUCCCCAAAGUCUACAACCGCUUCAUCGAAAAACUGACCCCACUCAUAAAAUCCCUCCGACCAGGCUCCAUUCUCAACGCCUCCCCAGAUGACGAACCAAUCGACGUGGGCGCCUGCAUCUCAGACGCCAACUUCACCGCCCUCGAAAACCUCAUCCAAGACGCCGUAUCCCAAGGUGCACGCCUCCUCUGCGGCGGCAAACGCUACACGCACCCAAAGUACCCAAAGGGCCACUACUUCACCCCAACCUUCAUCGCAGACGUCACCCCCGCCAUGGCAAUUGCGCAAACAGAGCUCUUCGCCCCCGUCUUCUGCCUCAUGCAGGCGCAAUCCGUCGACGACGCCAUCGCCAUCGCAAACAGCACCCCCUAUGCCCUCGGCGCCUCCGUCUACGGAUCUUCCACCGCAGACCUCGAACGCGUCGUCAAGGCCGUCAAAGCGGGUAUGGUCGCCGUCAACGACUUCGCCGUCACGUAUAUGGUGCAGCUUCCCUUUGGCGGAGUCAAAGGGAGCGGCUAUGGUCGCUUUGCGGGUAAAGAAGGAAUGAGGAGUCUGUGUAAUCAGAAGAGUAUCACGAGGGAUCGCUGGCCGGGGUUGAUCAAGACGAGUAUCCCGCCGCCCAUGGAUCUGCCGUUGAAGGGGAAGGAUGCGGGGAGGAAAGCGUGGGAGAUGGCGGUGGGGAUUGUCUGGUUUGGCUAUGGCGAUUUGAGGGGGAAGAUUAGGGGAAUUAAGGGGCUGAUGGGUUUGGGAGAGGGGAAAGGGAAGGAUAAAGAUGUGUGA